CCUUUAGCAGCGGGAGCCAUCGCAAUCAAUGAUCACACAAACCGAAAUCACUUUGCAAAGGGCGAUCCAGUUUCUUACAGGAUAGAGUAAUGCCGAGUUGCAAUCCUCUACCUUAGAAUUUGGAUACCAAGAUGACGAGCAAGUGGACACAGGAUGUUCAGUGGUCCCCAGUGCAUCCCGAGACAUUCUUUUCUCUUUCUGUUGGAACCAACCAAGUCGAGUUCAAUCAGUUUGCCGUAGAGCCACUCGCCAACUAUGGAUCGUCUAAGCCGUCAGGUCGGCAGGUCUCCGAGACGGGAUUUGCUCGCCUUCAGUUCUCCAAGUCGGAUCUCUUUACAAACAACAAAGAUGAAGUGCAAAGAAUAAAAUGCUUUGCAUGUUACCCGAAGGCCGUCCCCGAGAACCUUCUCGGCCUUGGCCUCUCUACGGGAAAGGUGUUACUCACAUCGUUCGUAUCAGACCCACAGACGGAUCCGACUAACCUGAUUGGAGCUGAAUUUCCUCCCAAACAUUCGAGAUUAUGCACCAGUCUUGCAUGGAAUGCUGUAGAUUCAAAACUGUUGGCUGUUAGUUUUGAUAAGUACCGAACCGACUGCAGUCUGUCAAUAUAUGAUGUCACAGUCAGAGGUGGUGGAGGAGGGCAUACUAGACCUCUAUCAGUCGGGAGUGAAAGGGACACGAGAGGGGUGACAGAAUUGGUAUACAGUGAUGCCCUUCAUUCCAUGGCCUGGUUACCUCAUCAACCCUUGAGCCUCAUGGUAGGACAAGGUCAAAAGAACCUUAGGCUCUAUGACAUCAGAGAUCCCUCUAAACACAAAAGCAGUGCUAUCACAAAGUCAGUAUAUGGAAUCUCAGCAGAUCCACUGUACGAGCAUCGGCUAGCUUCAUUCUUUGAAGAUCAGAUGAAUAUCUGGGAUCUACGUCAUUUUGAAAAACCAGUACUAAGCUUCCGAGAAUCCCGAGGCGUGAUCAAGCUUGGAUGGAGUCCCACUCGAUACGGCACGUUAGCCUGCCUGACAAAGCAGAGCAAUGUUAUCAAACUAUACAACAUACAGCAUGUUGGUCAGGAAGUGGAAUACACAGAGAAGCAUGUCAAACCAAAUUAUCUGAAUCAGCAUCAAGUAGCCAUCUUUGCUUGGCAUCCGAACCAGGAGAACAGAAUGCUAGCUCUGUCACCAGGGGGCGCUAUGCAAGAUCUGACAAUCUACGAUGCCAUAUCACUGGACUGGUCACCUCAUUCCACCUGUUCAGUUGCUUCAGGGAGGCAUCUGUUCUACUGCCUCCCGUCGUCAGAUAGGCCUACCAGUGAUGAGGAUAUAUCAACAACCAUGAAGAGAAGGGCUUGUAAUGGCUAUGGUAUGAAGACUGAGCCACUAAGUCAGAAUGCUUCAUUAGCAGGCAAUGAUGCACAGGUCAAGAAACUAUGGCAUUGGUUGCAAAGAAUAAAAUCCCUGAGAACCGUCAGCCGAUCAGCUUCGUCCAUGAAAUCCUCCGCACCAUCAUCGUCGCCAGGAACGAUGGAGUUUUGUGGGGUGAAGCAGCUGAUGUGCAGGGAAGGGUCUGAGAAUCCCCAGACAGGAGGAGGGUUGAGAAGCAAGGUGGAGCCCAUGGCUUGGGAUGGAUUGGACGGGACACUGGAAGCCAACGUCUUUAGGAGCAAAGAAAGGUCACAUGCGCUGAGGUUGUGUGGAUGGGACUUUGACGGUGAUCACAACGCCUUCAGGGAUUUCACACAGAGGUUAGAGACUGAAGGGCGGUUUGAGCGGGCAGCAGCUAUAUGUGUGUUUCAUCUGAAGAUGAGACAAGCUAUUGAAAUACUCAACAGAGGAGCUGAAGCUGCUAAAGAUGGCAGUCAUGACCUGCAUCCCGUUGCCAUGGCGCUGUCGGGAUUCACACCAGACAAGGACACCCUCUGGUGUUCAAUGUGCAGCGCCCUCUGUCGUCAGCUGCGUAACCCGUACCUCAGAGCCAUGUUCGGAUUCCUUACAACCAAUGAUGAUAAAUACGAGGCUGUUGUUAGAGAAUUGGAGAUCAGCAUUGAAGAUCGUGUGGCAUUUGCCUGUAUCUUCCUGAAUGAUGUCCAGCUGGUGACCUUUGUGCAGGAUCUGACCUUACAGGUCGUAACCGAUGGCAACCUUGCCGGUGUCCUCCUCACUGGUCUUACUAAAGAUGGUGUGGAGCUCUUGCAAUCUUAUGUCGAUAGGACUGCGGACGUCCAGACGGCCAGUCUUGUAGCAGUCCAGGCCCUGUCACCAGACCUGUACAGGGAAGAAUCGGUACAGCAUUGGAUAGAGAGCUAUCGGCAACUCCUGGAUACAUGGAGACUUUGGCAUGAAAGGGCAAAGUUUGAUUUGCUGUACCAAGCUCAUGCCAAAGAGAAGGUAUCCAAACAGAUCUAUGUCAGUUGUCACUUCUGUCAGAGUCCCAUCUCACCCAGUGAGCUAGCCAAGGGAGGCAAGUCGGGCUACAUGGGAGGUUAUGCAAGGGCCUUCCAGCAGAGGAGGGCAAAUACUUGUUACAAGUGUCGGAAAGCAUUGCCGAGGUGUGCUUUGUGUUUGAUGCACAUGGGGACGAGGUCGGGAGAAUCCAAACUUAGCCCACAUCAGAGGAGCUACAAAUCUUCAGGCAAGCCAACAGUGAAUUCCAUGACGAAGCAGACAGACUUUGGAGAGUGGUUUUCAUGGUGUCAGAGCUGUCGACACGGAGGUCAUGCCGAUCAUCUAACAGAGUGGUUCAGGACCCACAGCGAAUGUCCAGUAACGUCAUGUGUGUGCCGAUGCAUGAUUCUAGACUCAGUAGCAUCUGUUUCACCAUCAACAGAACUCUCGGUCAUGUGACACAUCACAUGACUUCAUCAUCUUACAUGAGCCAUCUCCCAUUAAGACAUCAGGUGGUCAUUUGACCCAGUAGGAGCGGUAUCACCAUCAAGAGAACUUUCGGUCAUGUGACACAACACAUUGUUUCAUUGUCUUCCUUGAGCCACCUCCUACCAAGACAUCAGCUGGUCAUGUGACUCGGUAGCAGCAGUUUCACCAUCAACAGAUCUGUCAGUCAUGUGACACAUCACAUGAUAUCAUCAUCUUACUGUAGCCAUCUCCCACCAAGACAUCAGUGGGUCAUGUGACACAGUAGCAGCUAUUUUACCAUUGACAGAGGUGUUGGUCAUGUGACACAUCACAUGACUUCAUCAUCUUCCUUGAGCCACCUCCCACCAAGACAUAAGCAGGUCAUAUGACACAUCACAUGACUUCAUCAUCUUCCUUGAGGUACCUCUCAAGACAUCAGGUGGUCAUGUGACAUAUCACAUGAUUUAAUCACCUGACCCAUGUUGCCUUCCAUCAAAACAUCAGCUGGUCGUGUGAUACAUCAUAUGAUUUCAUCAUCUGACUUGAGCCACCUUCCAUCAAGACAUCUGGUCAUAUGACACAUCACAUGACUUCAUUAUCUGACAUGAACCACCUCCCUCCAACGCAUCUAUUGAUCAUGUGACAUACUAAUAUGAUAUCAUUCAAGUUGUACACCUCACACAACGCUGUUAAUUAUGUGAUAUAUUGCUCUGUGUUGUUUAAUGUUCAGAGUUUACUUCGCUCAUUCUUUAGCUACAUAUUUCAAGACAUUGUUGUUGCUGCCAAUGCCUAGGUAACAAACUGCAACUUCUUUUGGCAAAAUAGGCCUUCUCUCAAUCACAUCAGAUCAAGGCUUUCAUUCUGAGGAAGAAGAAAUUGCCUAACAGAAGUUUUCUUCAACAGGCUGCAACAAAAGAAAUGGUUGAAAAAUACCUCUAUACAUCUUCAUUUUUUUGUCUUAUUCCUAUUCUGCUGGAAUUCAACUCAAAUCUUGAGGGAAAAAAUAACGAGGAAAGCAAACUACCUAUGUAUUCUGAAGGGAGACGGGUGCAUUUCAUGAAAUUUGUUAUCAUGGACAGGUUUUUCAUCUGACAUUUUCUGUGGUUAGAGUCAGUCAUUGGCAUCUCAGCCAAUCAAAACCAUGAAUAGUUGUCAGAUCUCGGGGCAUGUAACACAAACCUUAGCAAUUAUCAUAGAACUUUUUCCUAUGAUUGAUUGCAUUGACUACAGUGUACAAUUAAUCGUAUAUUUGCUUGGAGGGGAUACAUGGUGAUGCCCUUCUGUUUUCCAUGCAGGCCAUUUCUCUGACUGAGUUAAAGACUUAAAAUAGUACUAUAUAAAUUUAUCAGUGAAGAUCAGUGUCAUAUUAGGGUAUUGAGCCCAUUUCAUAGAGAUGUCCAAUUGUGGUUAUCUGGUCAUUAUGGUGACUAUCAUAGUAAAUCCUUGAUUUUGAUUGCCUGCUGAACCUUGUUUCCGUGGUAUUUUGAUACCAUUGCCAAAGUUGCGAUAUCCUGUGAACAGUCUUCUGUGCUUAUAAAUUGUCGUGUAUCUUGUAUCACUUUGGCCCAAAUUCAAAAAGAUGGUUUAUAAACUAUCGGUUGGACCCAUGGUUUAUGCAGAUUUCCUGUAUAAAUUAUGCUUAUUUACCACAUAUAUUUAUAGAUGCCCAAUGCUGAUGCGCGCUUUUGGCAGUGUGCCAAAUUGAUGCCUGUUGCCAUGGUUAAGUACGCUAUUUUAUUAAUGAGUCCACUGUUUGGAGAGUGGACUCAUUGAUUAAAAACAGUGGACUCAUGAAUGAAAUAGCGUAGACAUCCACGACAACAGGCGUCAAUCUGGCGCACUGUGACAAAAGCGUGCAUCAUCAUCGGACAUUUUUAAUAUACGCGGUAAGUACGCGAAAUUUAUACAGGAAAUCUGCAUAAACCAUGGGUUCAACUGAUGGUUUUAAAAACAUCUUUGUAAAUUCAGGCAGUUAAGUUUUAGAGAUCAGUUGUAAAGGCGCCUGCACACUUAAUAUGGUCCAGACCAAUCCGGUAGCAUGCUUCAUUAGAAAAUGGAAAGAAUUGUUUGUGUGAAUUAAUCCAAAGAGACUGUUCACAUUGAGCAUUAAUUACAUGUAAGUCUGGUGAGCAAAACUGCCAGAACAAGUAUUAUGUAAUAGUUCUUCGUGUGAUUUCAAAUGGUUUAGGUCAUUGGACUGUAUUUGAUGUGCAAGCACCAUUAUCCAUGUGACCUAACACGUCAGUGAUCUAGAUGUAUACUCCCUGAUUUUAUCAACCAAAGUGAUAUGGGUCAACAUGUCAUAAAUGUCAUCAACAUGUCAUAAAAACAGUGUUUUUAGUACUACUGUAUGUAAGUGCUUCCACAUGUCUAAAACCUCAGUCACAUUUGCUCUGCGGCGGCCAUACAGCGAGUUGGAAACAGCCGUUAUAUUAAUUUUUAAUGGCAAAAAGAAGCUGCUGAAAACUGCUUAUCUAAUAAAAGAGAGCCAAAAACUACCUUUAUUUCGCUGGUACAAAAAAUAUUAAAACGGCUGUUUUCGACUCGCCGUACAACCGUCGUAGAGCAAAUGUGACUGAGGUAUUACUCUCAUGUCAACGUAUGUUCAUUCUGUAACAAUUUCCAAAGAUAGGCUUUGAUAUUGAUAGUGGUAACAAUAAUAGUAUUGUGCUUUAUGUAGAGCUUAUCACAUCUCAAUGACGUCUCUAAGUGCUUUGCAGAUAUGUCUUUACCCCAGUUGUCGAUUCUUGCUUGCCCUGUGUAUGGUGCUGCCUAGUCUGCUGUGCAGACCCUUCGCUCUAGUUAAGGGGUCUGAAUGCAAAGCCUUUAAUGACUUGUGUGCUGAAUGAAAAAGCAAGAUUCAUAUGUGCUAGUCUUUGAGUGAAGACCCACUCGUAGAUCAAAGUUUCAAUCAGGGUCUGUGCCUGCAGACUUGCAAGUUCUAUAUGUGCUAGUCUUUAUGUGAAGACCCACUCGUAGAUCAAAGUUUCAAUUAGGGUCUGUGCCUGCAGACUAGCAAGUUCUAUAUGUGCUAGUCUUUAUGUGAAGACCCACUUGUUGAUCAAAGUUUCAAUCAGGUCCUGUGCCUGCAGACUAGCAAGUUCUAUAUGUGCUAGUCUUUAUGUGAAGACCCACUUGUUGAUCAAAGUUUCAAUCAGGUCCUGUGCCUGCAGACUAGCAAAAUUUGUAUUUGCUAGUCUUUGUGUGAAGACCCACUUGUUGAUCCAAGUUUCAAUCAGGGUCUGUGCCUGCAGACUAGGUGCUGCCUGUACUGAAUGAUAAUGGAACAGUUCAUAGUGGCAUCACAUACCAAAAUAUACAAAUAUGUCAGAAUUUCUCUUUUUAUCGUUAGGGGGUUAGAAUUGUGAAGUAGCUUCUGCUUCAGAAUAUGAUGGCAAGAAUAUAGGUUAGAGUCAUAUUUGGAAUUAGGUCUGUGUUUGGCUCAUGUAAAGAUUCUCCACGGCAGAAAAGGUCAAUGGAGCAAGAGUUUUGGAACCCGAGUUGCUGUAAUGUGUACUGAAAUUUAAUAUUUGACUAUAUCAUGUUAAUAGAGAUACUUAUCUGAACCUUUAGUUUGAAGUCUUUAUGAAUGUAAAUAACUAUGAAAUGAAGUGAAACAUAUUUUUUUUUCUGGGAGUUUCCUUCAGAAUCAAUGCAAGCAAUACAUGCAUUUUAUUCCAUGAACGUGGCAAAUUAUAUCUUCAGGUUGAUCGGUAUUGGAAAAUAUUAAAGAGAUUUUUUUUUCCAUGUAAUGAAA